AUGCUCACCGAUGAGAAGGCGGACAAGGAUGCGGCCAUCAUGACACACACUAAAGGGAAGGCAGGUACGGAUGUGGUCUUCAUCAUCGCGACGUGGUGCAUGUUUGGUGGAAACACAGCAAGCACGUGGGCAGAGCGUGAGAAUGGUCAAAAGCUUGGUGAGAAGAGGGCUUUCACGGACUGGGGCAACAAGAUGGCCACAGAACUGGUGAAUCUUGGGAAAAACGCCCACUUCAACUUCGACUUUUGCAAACCCUAUAUCACAGGAAAACUUCACAAGAAAUCCUACAACUACGAUGCGGCUUUCUGGUGCUAUUACAAUCGCUUAUGGAGCCCCGGCAGGGCGGGCGCCGCGAAACACGCGGCAGUUCUCUCGCCUGAGGAUCCGGGCCCAGCGAAACGGCAAAAGACAACUGGUUUGAGCAGACAAAAUCAGCAGCAGACAGAUUUCCAAACUGCGAACGAGGCGCAGCCGAAGGACGUACACAGUCGACCUGAACAAGCCACAGCAAAUGAGGCGGAUGGCACUGGAAGCUCUGACCGCCUAUUCGCAAAACUCUCAAGAAAGCAGUUGGAGGCCAUGAUCGAAGAUCUGGAAUCAAAAGUCGAAAGGCUCGAGAAGCAGAAUGCUGCUAAUUUCUCACCGUGGGAUCAUGUACAUCAGGCAACACUCAGACAUUGA